UACAAAUUUGCCUCAAAUUAAAGCAAAAUCUGAAGAGCAAUUUAAGUUUAUAACACCUGAAGACAUAGUCAAAAUUAAUCGUACAGCAAAGGAUGCCUUCGAUAAUUUUAAUCCUCAAGAUAUUUCUUUUGAAAGUUCAUUAGAUCUGGACACUUCAAUUGAAUAUUUACUACCACACAUUGAUAUGUCUCUGAAAGGGAAUUAUAAUAAGAGCACUAUAACAUCAAUUAAUGGAAUUCUGCAAUCGUGGUAG